AUGAUUUAUUCGCACACUCAGCUAAAAGGGAAGAACAAGCUGAUGUUGGCCUUGCUGAAAGCAAUCGAAAAACGUGGAAUGCACCUGGUCACACCACUUAUCAACAAUCUUCGAGAAAUCGGUAAUAUGUUCCAUACCGAUGAGGUGUGUAAUCAAGCUAGGCAACUCCUAUUGCAGAAUAGUCGUGUGAAGUACAGGAAAUUCCUCAACAAGGCAAGUUCACCACAUUACAUCAUCUCACCAGGUGUGGAUAGCAACCAGUACCUUUCCGUUGUAAAAAUCACAGUCAACCGGGAUUCCUUUACUCAGGCGCUAACACAAGAAAACUUGAUCAACUCUUUAGUAAGCAAGUUCUCGGAAUGUGGAAUCAAAUCGAAUGGUAUUCGCUCACAACUUCGUGUGACAUUGUUAGUUAAUGUAAUCCAACUUACUGCUUAUACGGAGCCGAAGAACAGUUUUCGAGGCUCAAUUGGAGGAACUUCCCGUGCAGUCGGAUUAUGA